UUUCAGAUCGGACAGCAGCAGCCAAAGCAGCUAAAGCGGCAGAAAGCUCGGCUCGCGACUCGCGGAUAGUUCCAUUCUACGGAUACCAGAUCCAGAUCCAGCUACAGAUACAAAUUCAGCAUCAGAACGACCUAUAAAUAUUGAUUAUUCGCUCGUCUUCAGACUCUGCUAAAUCGGUUACUUUAGCUCGUUUCACCGGCGGCUUUUCGAAAGCCACAAAAAGCGCGAUCGUGUAAAAGAGUUGCAAUUGUGAUUUUUUUUGUUUAUUGUGUGACGAUACUUGAUCGAUAUCUGAAUAGAUACAGCCCAGAGUAACUGUAUAUCGUUGGAAUUGUGGAAUACAAGUGCGGGUGUGUGAAAAUCUUCGCAGCUAAUCCGAAUCCGAGGAUUUAUUUUCCUAUAUUUCUGAAAGUUUAUACGGCAACUGCGCCAUAUUUCUAAUCAGCAGCUAGUAAAAACCCUUAAAUAAUAAAAAGUUAACUUUAAAUAGUGGAUAUUGGCAAAUACAACUAAAUCACAUUUCUAAAAGCUAUUGCAAAUAUUUAAAAUACGAAAAAAUCUGUUCAACUUGUAAGCUAAAAGGUGCUAAGAUCCGAUAAUGAAAAGUGAAGCAAAGGGUCUAAUAACUAAAAUAAUCCUCAAUUAUCUAUAGACAAGCAUAAAUAAACUCCGAUUCUAUCAAUAUUCAAAAUCAAUAACUAAGAUUUAACUUGCUCAAGUUCUCAAAUAAGAAACAUAUUGGAAAUACAAGAAUAUCUCGAUUGUUAGCCAUUGCAGAAAAUGCAUUAGAAGUUGGCCUAAAGGAAGCGCCAUACUAUCCUAUCGCUAACUAUCCUCUGAAUAGGACACCAGAAUCUGCAGACAUGGUUUCGGAGGAGAACUGGAACAGUGACACCAUGUCCGACUCUGACAUGAUCGACUCGAAAAAUGACGUGUGCGGCGGUGCCUCCAGCUCCAGCGGUAGCUCCAUUUCGCCCAGGACGCCGCCCAACUGUGCCCGCUGUCGCAACCACGGUCUAAAGAUCACCCUAAAGGGUCACAAGCGGUACUGCAAAUACCGCUACUGCACCUGCGAGAAGUGUCGCCUCACGGCGGAUCGACAGCGUGUGAUGGCCCUGCAGACAGCUUUGAGGCGAGCCCAGGCGCAGGACGAGCAGCGGGCGCUCCACAUGCAUGAGGUGCCGCCGGCGGCAACGGCCACUACAACCCUGCUAGGACAUCAUCACCAUGUGGCCGCCGCCGCCGCUGCUGCUCCCGCCCAUGUCCAUGCCCAUGCCCACCACGUACAUGCCGCACACCAUGCUCACGGACACCACUCGCACCACGGCCAUGUUUCGCUCCAUCACCAGCAGGCGGCGGCAGCGGCAGCAGCAGCAGCGGCGGGCGCUGCUCCGGCAGCUCCGCCAUCGCAUCUGACCGGAUCCGCUGCGGCCUCCAGCCUGCAUGGUCACGCCCAUGCCCAUCAUGUGCACAUGGCCGCUGCCGCUGCCGCCCAGCAACAGCACCUUCAGCACCAGAGCCACCCACACUCGCACCAUCACCUCCAGCAACAGCAUCACCAGCAGCAUCAGCAGCAGCCGGCGCACCAGCAGACGGCGCUGCGAUCUCCACCGCACAGCGAGCAUGGCGGCAGUGUGGGUCCGGCCACCAGCAGUUCUGGCGGAGGAGCGGCGGCCAGCUCAAGCAGUGCCAGUGCAGCGGCCACUUCAAGCAGCAGUAGCAGUAACGGGGCUGUCGGCGGAGGAGCCAGCUCAGGAUCAGGACCGGGAUCUGGAGGAGGAGGAGGAGGAGGCGGCGGCGGCGGUAGGGCCGGCAGCAACGGCACCUCGGUGAUUACCAGCGCCGAGCAUCACAUGAGCACGGUUCCCACGCCUGCCCAGUCGCUGGAGGGCUCGUGCGACUCAUCCUCGCCCUCGCCAUCGUCCACUUCCGGCGCCGCCAUUUUGCCGAUCUCAGUUUCCGUCAAUCGCAAGAAUGGCGCCAAUGUGCCCUUGGGCCAAGACGUUUUCCUAGACUAUUGCCAAAAGCUAUUAGAGAAAUUCCGCUAUCCCUGGGAGCUGAUGCCGCUCAUGUAUGUGAUAUUGAAGGAUGCAGACGCCAAUAUAGAGGAGGCUUCCCGGCGAAUCGAAGAGGGCCAAUACGUUGUGAAUGAGUACUCCCGUCAGCACAAUUUAAAUAUCUAUGACGGGGGUGAGCUACGCAACGCAACACGGCAAUGUGGAUGAUAAUUUUUCAUGAACUAGAGUAACGUAAAUGCAUUACUUUGCCCUGAAAUUUAUUGUUCAGCAUUAGCAUCACUUAAUAGCUUAAUGCUUUGGUGAAAUCGCGCAAGAAUUUAACUUUCGUAACUUCGUAAGUGCGGUACCGUAGAGUUUUUUUUGGAGGGGCGAAGCCUCUGUACAUAUGUAUAUCGAAUUUAUCGGUAAGCUAAAGCGCCACUUGGAUUAUCUUCAAUCAACAAGCCAAAUAUAUCGAUGUGUGAUGCCCCUUUUCAUCAAUCAACAUAACCCCAAUGCUGAGAUGUCUGAUGACUGGCUGACUGAUGAUCAACAAUCAACAAUCAACAAUCAACAUUCAACUCUUCUCUUCAAUCAACAAUCCCCCAAUGGAUCCUUAACAACAAGCAACGAAUCGAAGCCAAGAAUGUUAAUUUAAAUUUAAAAUCCGCGUAAUCUAAAAACAACAAUCAACAGUCCACGAUCCUCAUCUCAACUGGAAGUUCAACAUUUUCGCACAUCGGUUGUAUAGCUUUAGUUUAGCGCUCCUUAAGUCUUAUUUAAAAAAAAAAAAGAAAAAACUAAUUAGGCUAAUUAAGGGUCCGCAAUCUGAUUAUAGCCAUUCUCGUCAGUCACUACUCGUGUUACUCUUUGGUCGCUUUAGUACUUAAUUGAAUCUAAGUACAAAGUAUUCAUCUACUACUACUAAAUAUCAGCUACUUGUAAUGGAGGAAACGAUGUUCUAUACUCAUUCAAAUAGACUUGAAAGCUGCUAAUCUCAAAAAAUUCCUCUCUACGCGUCUGAAUCACAUGAAGUAAUAUUUCAAUUGGCAUCCAGGGGAUCUUGCUAUCAGAAAUGUUGUGAGAUAAUGCACAAAUGAUGGAUAUAUACAUUUAGGCUAACGUUAACUCUAUCGAUGUCUUGCGAAACUCUAAUUGUAUUAUUUAAUAAUAACAAUAACUCCCCUCGACAUUGUAACAUAUACUGUUAUCAACUUAAGUAAGACCUAGCCCAGCAGAAUACUUAUUAUAAAAAAAAAAAGGAUAAACCUGAAUUGUCAGAAAUAAACUAUUUUCCUUAAACAGAA